UGCUUUCAAGAUGUACCUUGGGGUUACCCCUAGUGUGAGCUGCAGUAACACAGCAGAAAAUGAAUUCUUCUUAAUGCUGGACAAGAACCCUUUAGUGGACUUUGUGGAGGAGCUCCCAGCAGGACGAUGUUCACUUUGCUACUGUAACCUCCUGUGUGGUGUUAUUAGAGGAGCCCUGGAAAUGGUUCACUUAGCAGCAGAAGUUACCUUCGUUCAAGACAGACUGAAGGGUGACGAUGUGACGGAAAUAGGAAUUACAUUUUUAAAGAAGCUCGAAGACAAAAAGCACAAAAGAAAGAAGUGAAGCUGAUAGAAGGAAUCCUCUCUAACUUACAGUUUGCCCAUUUUUACCUAUUUAGGAAGAAAAUCCAUAUGGUGGCAAUGGCUUCAUUGAUUCAGGUACAGUUACAUCUUAGAGUGGUAAAGACAGUCAGCGCAUAUACUCAAAAUGUACUGUCACUACCUUGCAGAAUUCAACAUACAUUCUUAAAAAGGACCAGUCCUUUACUCCUUUCACAGGGAAAAUCCCAUUGAUUUCAUCAGAAGUGUGUGACUGGGCCCCAAAUCUCCAUCCUAAUUCCUGUUCUUUUUCAUUAGAAAUGUGAUUGUAUUUUCCAGUUUGCUCAUUAGUGAUGCUUCAAAGACAUAAAGAACUGUGUUUGUAUUGAUAUGCUUUUCAUUCUAGCCCUUAUGAUUGUGAACAAGACAUUGUUUUGCUAUAAAUUGUGCAGUUUCUCCUUCCAAUGCAUCUUCCUUUGUUUCACUUGUGACUACGGUUUUUCCUUCAUUUUGCCCAAUCUGCUCCCACUAAAAUCAAACAGAGAUGUGAUUACACUGGGAUCAGGUUUUCUGUAGGUAAACAUGACAACAUGCAGUUUUGUUCAGGUGCAUAUAGCAGACCUGGAGAAUUUUUCUAAAUAAUGGAAUAUGGAUGCUGUUUGAGAUUAAGCACCUUGUGCAGCUUUAACUUGCGUGUUCUUCUUGAGAAUAUAUAGAUUGUUAGCAAACUGAAAAAGCAUGAUGUAAUAUAAUGCACAGUCAUCUUAAAUAUGAGCUUCACCCAAGCAAACUGUAAUAAAACAUGCAAACACUAUUGUGUCACCAAUUCUUCUCUGUCGAGGUACUUACAUGGCCCACAUCACGUCAGUUUCUGAGUACCUCGCAAUCUUUACUUGAUUUUAUCCUCACAAAAUCCUAGUGAGGUGUGGAGGUACUGACCCCAUUUUACACAUGGGAAAUUGAGGCACAGGGUAGAUUAAGUGUUUUACCAAAGUAACACAGGAAAUCUGUGGCAGAGCUUGGAAUUUAGCCCAGGUCUUGAGUCCUGGUCCAUUGGCCUACCCACUAGACCAUCCUUUCUUAGCCUCCCUCUGGGAGCCAGAAUUCCCUAUUUUUAUUACAAUGCAAAAUAAUCAAUAUUAAUCAAUCAAUACAAAUGCUGCCCAUAGUAAACAUAUGACCUGUUACUGAAACCCUUGACCUUCAUCUCCCUUUCCCGCCUUCUUUUGUCUGUUAGGUUCCAAUCCUGCAAAGUGAUGUGAAUGGGUCGAUCUCUAUGUUUGUGCAGGGCCCUGGACUUAAAUGGCAGGGACUAUUGGUGACAUCCUGACCACACUGAAGUCAAUGGAAGUUUUGCCACCGACUUAAAUGGGGCCAAGAUUUCAUGUCAUGUCACCAAAUCUUCUAAAAAUUGUUAGAAAUGACCGAGCUUGUGUUUGCUGUAGGGCUCAAUGUAGGAAAGUAAGGAGCUUCCACUUUACGCCUUGAUUCAGCAAAACACUCAAUUACUAGUGUAUCCCCACUGAAGUUCUUCCCCAUCAACUUAUUCACAGUACAUUUCAAAAAGCCAGUACACACACACACACACUUUGGUUUCAGUUUUCAUUUUUUCCCUCAUUACACAGAGUAUGUCCAUUAUGUGCUAAGGCAGGACAAAGCAAAGCACAAAAAAUAUUGAUGCAUAAUUUAAAAAGGAGAAAAGUAUCCAUUCGAGUUCACAUUUCAUAAAGGAUGACAUUCUUCUUUGUGCUGAGGGUCAGCUCAAAGCCUGUACAUUGAUUAAUUUAGUGGGACUUUAGUGGUGCAGAGCUUAGGUCUCAUGUAGAGUGUGAAAAAAAUAUUUACAGGUUCAAAAGAGGGAAAAGGCCAUUUCCUUUAAAAAUCCCAGAGUAUCAAAAUUCAGCUAACCCCAGUCUGCUGGAUCCUCAGCCCAGUGAAUUCAAUGGAAUAUUUGCCAUGGACAUCAGUGGUGAAGGAUCAAGCCCAAUGUACACUGACUGCACACUCCACACUUACAACACUUUAACUCCUUUCAAGAUGUAUGCAGAAGCAUACAAGGUAGGUAAUAAAGUACAGCACAUUCAAAUUAGUAAGCGCUGGUCUCAGUACCAAGCAUAACGAAGCUGAACAGUAUCAAAUUCUACUGUUUCACUGGUUUUCUUUCUGUUGCAUACCCAAUUCUAGGAAAGAAGAACAAUGACAGAAUUUCAUUUAUGCAAAACAGGAACAGUAAGGGUGUAUUUGUUUUGUUUAAAUAACAUGAGCAAAGUAGACACAUAUGAGAGAAGAGGGACUACUGGGAAGCUAUUUGGUUAGUCUGUGUGGGACAAUGUAUCUCAUGGAACUACAUUGAGUCCUGGGUUGUGCUAUUAGAGCUCAGAAGACAUUUGCCAUCUUGCCUGAGGAGGUGCUAUAGAAGUUUGGUGAGAGAGAGAAAUUAUGGCAGCAAACAGGUCAUUACCAGAAAAACAGAAAUGAAGAAUGAAAAGUGAAAAAUGUAGUGAGUUAACAAAUUAUAAUGCUAAUGAAAGCUGACAUUAGCUAAACUGUUUCUCCUUCACCUAAGUUUACCAUUGUGUCUUGUGUCUCAUUGGAAUCAUUUUCUUUCAUGCUGUCUUCCACUAGUUUAUGGAGUGUGCUGAAGAUCUGCUGGUUAAUGUUGAAAGAGUCCAAAGCAGAAGCUUCUUCCCAGGCCCUUAAACUUGGCAUGGGAAAGGGUUCCAGUUUCUUAUUCUCAAAAAAGCUUUUCAGGUUUCUUUCGCUCAAUUUGGUGGCAUAGUCCUCAAAAUAUUUUUCAAAUUGUUCCUUCUCCUUCUCAGUGUAGAUCUUCCAAAACCUUUUUUGGAGAUGGCUGGUAUUAGAUUGGCAGUGACCAUAACAAGUGAUCAACAAAGACAGAAAAGCAGCAGUAACUAUCACACACCACCCUACGACCUGUUAAAGAAAGGAUAAUUUGAUAUUGAAGCACAAAAGAAAGGCUACAAUAAAAAAGCUGAUUGGAAACUCAAAUUAGAUUGAGAAUAACUAGUGUUAUUCUGGUUCUUACAGUUGCAUUGAGACUGUGUUCUUUAAAUGCUCAGUAUAAAAACCUUGAAAAGUGAUAAUAAAAUACAAGAUUUUGAAAAUAAAGUGAUCCACCAAGUGUCAAUUCUAUUCACAAGCAGAGGCCCUGAAUUCCUAAGGACUGUCACUAGAGGCAGAGAUUAAAUUGGAUGUCAUUUUCAGGAUCAUAUGAUCUACACAGCUACGUAAAAAAUAUUUUUUUGUAUACUGCACCUUUACAUUUUGAACAGCUCUAACCAAAAAUUAAGUCUCAGCACUUUAAAAAUACGGAUUAUGGACUUGAUCUACAGCCCACUGAAGUCAAUAGAAAGACUCCCAUUGACUUUAAUGGGCUUUGGAUCAGGCCCUAUUAGUAUAAAUCCAGAAUACAUGUAAUAAAUCUUACUGUCUGAAGUAUUAAUGAAUGUUUAUGACGCACUAUUAUAUAUUUUAGAAUGAUUAUUGUAUGUAUACAUGAACUAACUGAAUGUUUGUCUACAUUACUAAAUGGUUGAAAGUGAAGUACGCAAUUUAAAAUGAUUGCUGGGGUACUUCAUAUCUUGCUAUAAAAAAGAGAAAGUCUAAAUGAGGCCUAUUCAAAGGAAUGAGCCCUCUAACAAGGUACAAAUAUGUUUUUCUUCCUAAUUUUA